AUGGGAUUAGUGCUCAAUUUCAGGGACUUUCAAAAUAGAAUCGUCGCACCACCUGGCUCGUUUUGGGGUCAGCGCAAAAAUCGAGCCCAGAUGAAUUAUGAUAAAUUGUCACGAUCGCUGCGACAAUAUUACAAGAAGGGUAUUAUUCAGAAACCGGAGAAAAAGCAACGACUUGUUUACAAGUUCCUUCCGCCUUAUAACUUGUAACUGAUUUGUUUAUUGUUCGUAUUUUGUCUAAAUACUGUCUCAAUGUGGACAGUAGUCAAGUAAUGGUCGUUAGGCCGUCGACCUUUUUUGAGGUCUUUUGUCCUAUUAGUAGCAAGUAAAAUAAGCGG